CGGAAGUGCCUCGGGCUCGAGGCGCGCUGGCCGGCGCGGGGCGUCCACGGGCGUGGAGCUCAGGGGCCGCAGUGUCCUUGCUUGCACGCACCAUCCGCGGGGAGCUUUCCCCGCGCGACCCCCCCAACCCACGAGGCGCAAAAUAUCUUUGUGGAAUGCAGAAGGUUCUUUUAAGAGGGGAAAGAAAAUAGUGAAAACAAGCCUCCUGAGUUUCUCUGGCCCUAAAUGGCAGCAGAAUUAAGAAAGCCUUCUUCAGCAUCUUCUCCACAAGACCAGGCUGCUGAAGAGGACCUUGUCAUCAUCAAGGUAGAGGAGGAUCAUGGGUGGGAACAGGAAUCUAACCUGCAUGAAAGUAACUGUCCCGGCCAAGAACUCUUCCGCCUACGCUUCAGGCAGCUGUGCUACCAGGAGACGCUGGGACCUCGAGAAGCCCUGAUCCAACUCCGGGCACUUUGCCACCAGUGGCUGAGACCAGAUUUGAACAGCAAGGAGCAGAUCCUGGAGCUGCUGGUGCUGGAACAGUUCCUGACCAUCUUGCCUGAGGAGCUGCAGACCCUGGUGAAGGAGCAUCAGUUAGAGAACGGAGAGGAGGUGGUGACCCUGUUGGAGGAUUUGGAGAGGCAGAUUGACAUCCUAGGACAGCCAGUCUCAGCUCGUGCACGUGGACAUCGGGUACUCUGGGAGGUGACACCUUCAGAACCUGCAGCAGAGUCUCCGUGUGCUCCACUCCCACCUGUGGUGGCCCUGUGUACAUCUCUAGUGCUCCAAGGGCCUCAAGAGAGAGCCAUGUCUGCUUCUCAGAGUCCCACCCCUUCCCAGAAAGGAAGUUCUGGAGGCCAGGAGAUGACAACCAAACCUGUCAGUGCAGGGUCCCAGACUUUGGAGAAGAUUGAAGAUACGACCGUGUCCCUUAAUCGAAAGCAGUGGAUUCUCGACCCAUCAAAGAAGGAUCUGAGUAGAGAUAACAGGCCAGAGAGUUGUGGAAACACGUCCUCCCUGGGUGGUGAGACCAGGAGUGAGAACAAGGAAUUAGAUGCGGAACAGGUAGUAUCUGCUGGAAUCCAGCCCCAAGGAGAGACAGCUGCCAGAUGCAACGGGGAUGUUACCGCGGACCUUGAGCAUGGUGAAGAGCAGGAUCUUAUGGACACAUCAGAGGAGCAGCAGGAAGAUCCCACCCAAGAAAAACGCCAUAAAUGCGAUGAAUGUGGGAAAGCCUUUGCUCAGAGCUCAGGCCUUGUUCGCCACUGGAGGAUCCACACUGGGGAGAAGCCCUAUCAGUGUAAUGUGUGUGGUAAAGCCUUCAGUUACAGGUCAGCCCUGCUUUCCCAUCAGGAUAUCCACAACAAGGAAAAACGCUACCACUGUAAGGAGUGUGGUAAGGCCUUCAGCCAGAACACAGGCCUGAUCUUGCACCAGAGAAUCCACACUGGGGAGAAGCCAUAUCAGUGCAACCAGUGUGGGAAGGCAUUCAGCCAGAGUGCAGGCCUUAUUCUGCACCAGAGAAUCCACAGUGGGGAGAGACCCUAUGAAUGCAAUGCAUGUGGGAAGGCAUUCAGUCAUAGCUCACACCUCAUUGGACACCAGAGGAUCCACACUGGGGAGAAGCCCUAUGAGUGUGAUGAGUGUGGGAAAACCUUCAGGCGGAGCUCACAUCUUAUUGGCCAUCAGAGAAGCCACACAGGAGAGAAACCCUACAAGUGCAGUGAGUGUGGGAGGGCCUUCAGUCAGAAGUCAGGCCUCAUUGAACACCAGAGAAUCCACACUGGAGAAAGACCCUAUAAAUGUAAAGAAUGUGGGAAGGCUUUCAAUGGGAACACUGGCCUCAUUCAGCAUCUGAGAAUCCACACAGGGGAGAAGCCCUAUCAAUGCAAGGAGUGUGGGAAAGCCUUUAUUCAGAGGUCAAGUCUGAUUCGACAUCAGCGAAUCCACAGUGGAGAAAAACGGUAUAAAUGUGGUGAGUGUGGGAAGAAGUUUGCCCAAAGCUCAGGCCUUGUUCGACAUCGGAGAAUCCACACAGGAGAGAAACCCUAUGAGUGUGAUCGCUGUGGAAAAGCCUUCAGUGUGCGCUCAACCCUCACUGUACAUGAAAGAAUCCACACUGGGGAGAAGCCCUAUGCUUGCAGUGAGUGUCAGAAAGCCUUCACUGUGAGGGCACACCUGAUUAUACAUCAGAGAGUCCACAAUGGAGAGAAGCCUUAUGACUGCAGUGAGUGUGGCAAAGCAUUUAGUGUGAGCUCAGACCUUAGAAAGCAUCAGAGAAUCCACACUGGUGAGAAACCAUAUGAAUGUGAUGAAUGUGGGAAAGCUUUCAGUGUGAGCUCAGCCCUUAUCAAACAUCAGAGAAUCCACACAGGAGAGAAGCCAUAUGAGUGUAAGGAGUGUGGGAAAGCCUUCUAUGUGAACUCAGCCCUCGUUAACCAUCAGAGGAUUCACUCUGGAGAAAAGCCCUAUGAGUGUGGAGAGUGUAGCAAAGCAUUCAGUCAGAUCUCAACUCUUAUUCACCAUCAGAGAAUCCACACUGGAGAAAAACCGUAUGAGUGUGAUGAGUGUGGAAAAGCCUUCCGCGGGAGCUCUAAUCUUACUAAGCACCAGAAGAUACAUGCCAAAGGAAAGUGUCAUCCAUGAUGUAAGUGGUGAAGAUACUGAGAAGCCUCAGCUUACACCAGAAGUUACAGUCAAAAGAAAGGUACAAUAAAACAUAAAUGCCUUAGUUGACACUAUAUCCCUUGGAAUAUUGAAGAAAUGAGAAGUCACAGAAAGUGACUUCAUCAGCAGCAUGACUAAGGCUGUACAAUAACUUCUGAGAAUGCAGCCUGACAACUCGUCAGGUAAAGCCAUUCAAAAUCACACUUUAGAAUGUAGUUUGUGUUGGUUUAGUAAGAGCUAAUAAUUCAAAUGGUGUGUUUGUUUUUCUGAUGUGCAAGCCUUUGUUUUUAUUGCUACCAGCCUUACAGAUGAAGUUUUCAAAGUGGCAGCAGUGUUCAAUGAGAGAGUGUCCAUGUAUCCUUCAUUCUGAAAGCAGCAAUCUGCUGGUCUGGCUUUGUCUCUGCUAUACCUGUGUGUUUCCAAGGAUGAUUAGCUACAUUAGGGACCUCUUGGCAGAAGGUAGAAUAUGUCUAGGUAGGAACCCCAGUAGAUGUUCUACUAUAAAAAAAAAAUAGUAGUUUUUGUCUUAAUAAAAAGUCCAAGACCUCUUGACUUGCUGACCAAAUAAACCCUUGAACUUGCCUGAAAUUCUUGAACCAAAACAAAAACGACCUCCCAAGGAGCUUCUAGUGCAUCUGCCAUCUGACACUUUCCUUGAGUGUAUUUCUGGGUGUGGUGUGACAUAUGCAAAGGCUUAGAGGUGUGAAGCUUAGUGUGGGAGACCACCAAGCUGUGCUCUCCUGAGAAACAAAGCCCCUUGCCUUGAUCUUUCCCUGACCGUUACUUCAAGCCUAUUCACCGAGAUAUGCAGAGCUGGCUAUACUGAAGCAGAUGUUACCUUAACUGGCUAAAAGAAUGUGAUCAGAGUCUGGCUGAGAUGCCAGCAUGUCUCACUGCAGCAAGAGGGCGAGAAUUGCCCCCCUGCUGAUGGCUGAAAUGGCUCGAGCAAGAACUUGUGAAAUUCCAGGGCCUAGACGUGAGAGAACAUCUCAGCUGAGGCCAUGGGACUCAGAAAGAAUUGUACCUUCCUUGCAGUAAAGGUGCCAGCCUUGCAUACAUGAAGCUAUCUGUUGUACUGCUAACUGGAGGCCUCUGCCUGGUACAGAACUGCUCCAUUUCUUCCUACAGCCGAUGCCUGCCAAGUUUCUCUUCCUUAGCAUUCUGCCGUGACCCCCAUCCACCUCCCUGACGGAUACCAAUAAAAGUCCCAAGCUUUUAGACUCACCCUUUGUUCCACAGAGAACAUUGGUCAUCCCAGAGCUCCUCAACUGCAGAAUAUUCUCUUUGUCUUUAUUUUGCACCCGUGUGCCAUAUUGCCAGGAGAGUUAGACUGAAACCCUCCUUGGAGAUUUCAGUACUUAGUAUGAGAACCAGUUAGAAAGGCAGGAGGGUACAGUUGUUGAUUGGGGCUGGCACUAGCUUUAGGAUGAGCUUCAAGAUUUACUUAAGUGACUGUGAGGCAUCACGUCCAAUAGCAAUCAGGAGAGCUCAGAUUUGAGAGAAGGUAGAAAGUUAUUGAACUCAAUUUGGAACAUAUUUUUGUUAUUGUCUGUGGAAAUCCCAAAAGAGCUGUCUACCAGACCAUAGCCUGAUUUCCUAACUGUAAUCCCCAAACUGUAUAUGAAACAUGUGAAACUCAAGAAAGGAAUCUGGACUUUAAAAUUACUUGAGUUUUUUGUUCGUUUGUUUGGUUUUUCGAUUUUUCUCCGGUACCGGG